UGAAUUUCGGCUAAUUGAUAGGAUUAGGAAGAUUUCGACCAUGAGAGGAAAAUUAGUGCCCGAUUUUCCGGAGGUGGUUUUCCUGAUGAGUCAGGAAUGCUUAGUCCAAGCUCGAGCGGCUGCUUGUAGGCUUUAUCGCAACGUCAAACACUGUUUCAAGGAUUCUAAUUCCAAUUUUCACAAUUACAUAGGGCUCAUGUUUAUUGGAAUUGCACUUUCUGAACGCAAGUCAAAUUCUGCAUUCACUCAGCUCAAUUGUUCAGAAUUCGUUUUGACAAUAGUAAUUGUCAUGCUGCGAACUUACGCUGUAUGGGGACGGAAGAGAUCAAUGCUCCUUUUCCUGAUUGUUCUGACGGUGGUAGUCUUCAUUGUUCCAACAAUUGUGUUCACCGAGCUAGCAGUAAACUCGCUGCAAUUACUGGCAGCACUCAUCACUAUUCAGGCUUACAAACACUUACGCCAAACGCGAUCUCCCUGGGUCACCAAACUAUACAAAGAUGGCAUCAUUUUUUAUUUUUCUCUUCUUGAUUUUUUCAUUUGA